GUGACAUAAAUGAGCUGAUCAAGACCAUCUCUCUUCCUGUAACUAAACAAAAAAGAUGUGUCUAUCUUCCUUCCUCGUGUUCUACUCGUGUCACAUUUUUUCAUUCGGAUGAAUCUUAAAUCAUAUUUUCAUAAAUUCUGCAAAUCUUCUUUAAUAUAAUUAAUUAUGAAAAUUUUAGAAUGUAAAAAAAAAUAAAGCAUCUAUAUAUAUAGGAAAUUCUGAAUCAUACUGUAUUUUGUUUAUUUCAGCAGCAAACACACUAUGUUUAAAAAACAGCAAUGAGCAACAACAACUACCCUAGCACAUAAAUACUCCAUUGUGCAUUCAAUGGAUUCCCCUCUACACACCCACACACCCACACUCUCACCCUCACCCUCCUCCUCAAUUAAUUCCCAAAUCAGAUGACGGAUCCGCACCCACUUCUCUCCCACACGGCGCCGCCGGAAAAGGGAGCGCCGCCGCAGUACCAGCGCAGCUCCUCCCUCGACGACACCAUCGAGCACUGCAUCGGCGACUUAGGCUGGAAACACAUACUCCAAGCCACCCUCGUCUCCUUCGCCUGGUUCUUCGAUGCGCAGCAGACAUUCAUCAGCGUCUUCACCGACGCCGAGCCCCAAUGGAGCUGCGUCGAAUCAUGCGCCGGCGCCGACCUCUGCCAGCUCCCCGCCGCUGCCUGGGCCUGGGUCACGCCUGCGGACGCCUCCAUCAUCUCGGAUUGGUCCCUCCAGUGCGCCGGCUCCAUCGUCAAGGGCCUCCCGGCUUCCUCCUUCUUCUUCGGCUGCCUCGUCGGCGGCUUCGCGCUCGCCACCCUGGCGGACUCCUCGCUGGGGCGGAAGAAGAUGCUGGUUUUGUCGAGCCUGCUCAUGUCCCUCACCGGCGUCCUCACGGCGCUCUCCACCGGAAUCUGGAUGUAUACGGCUUUGCGAUUCGUCAGCGGCUUCGGCCGCGCCACCAUCGGCACGUGCGCUCUGGUUCUGUCGACGGAGUUAGUCGGAAAGAAGUGGAGAGAAAACAUUGGGAUCAUCGGAUUCAUAUGCUUCACUCUAGGGUUUCUGUCUCUACCGGUGAUCGCAUAUUGGUCGCGAGAUUCUUCAUGGCGACUCAUGUAUCUGUGGACCUGCGUUCCCUCCGUUAUUUAUUCAAUAUCGCUCAUGUUCAUCGUCCCGGAAUCACCGAGAUGGCUGUUCAUCAAGGGCCGCAAGGAAGAAUUUGAGGAAACGCUGAGAAGCAUGGCCGCGCCGACCAACAGGAGCAGCCUGACACAGAGCUUCUUCAGCCGCUGCGGCGACGACUGGGUGGAGACAUCGCAGGAGACCGAUAUGUUCUCGGCGGCGAAAAUCUUGGUAAAGAAAGGAUGGUCGUGCCGGCGGCUGGUGUCGAUGAUGGUGGUGGGGUUCGGCAUCGGGAUGGUGUACUACGGCAUGCCGUUGGGCCUGGGGAACCUAUCAGUGAAUCUGUACGUUAGCGUGACGCUGAACGCGGUUUCGGAGUUCCCGGCGUCGCUCUUCACGUUCCUGCUCAUCGGGAAGCUCAACAGGAAGGGGGCGGUUUUGGGAUUGUGUGUGAUGAGUGGGAUAUGCAGCGUGUGCUGCGUGGUGGUGAGCUGGCAGGGAAUGCAGAUCGUGCUGGAGCUGCUCUCCUUCUUCUGCGCAUGCACGGCCUUCGAUAUCGUCUUGAUCUACACGCUCGAGCUCUUCCCCACCUCCGUCAGGAACUCCGCCGUCUCCAUGGUGCGCCAGGCGCUCGUCUUCGGCGGCGUGCUCAGCCCGGUCUUGGUGGCGGCUGGGAGGAAGAACAGCUUCCUAUCUUACGGCGUGUUUGGGAUCGCCAUUUCGGUGUGUGCGCUGUUUGUUGUGUGUUUGCCGGAGACGAGGGGGAGGCUGCUGUGUGAUACCAUUGAGGAAGAGGAGCGCCGCUAUGCCACCGCCAACGAUGACGGAGUCUAUUGUAUUUGAAAAUUCACUCCCCAUUUUUGGGUUUUUCUUUUUUGUUUACUUAUUAUUAUUAUUAUAAGUGACAAGUCGCGUUUAUAGAUGUAAACACGUUUGUUUGCUUUA